AUGCCAGAAGCCUCUUCGUCCAAGGCAGCGGCAACCUCUUCUUCGUCCUCAUCAACGGAGGCGAUGAAGAUCUUGUCAGUCGGCCCCGCACGAGGCAACAUCACCGGUCUGGUGUCCAAGACUGCCGCCAUCCAGGCAAAGCACGGGCCCUUUGAUGCCCUCUUCGUCACUGGAGACUUCUUUGGCAGUGAUGACGAGCUCAAUGAAGACGAGCAGCGCCUUUUGGACGGUCAAAUGACCCUUCCGAUGCCUACAUACGUGGGCUACGGGAGAGCAAGACCGCCCAAGCGGGUAAGGGACCUCGUCAAGGCGGAAGAAGAUGCAGCGACGACUUCAAAUGGCGAUAGGCUGCCUACUCGCUUGGCGGACAACCUUUACUGGCUAGCAAGAGAUCAGGUCACUUGGGUAUCAAAGGACAAAGCAGAUGCGGAAGCGAUACGGAGGGCUGCUAGGGCGAGAGGUGGAGACUAUGUCGUCGAUGAGGAUGCAGAGAGACGCGGCCUGCGAGUGGCUGUAUGCGGUGGAGAGUGGAAUGCUGAGGCUUGGGCAAAAGAGGUUCAGAGACAACCAGCGGAGAAGAACACAGAUGGCGAGGAGGAAGAGGAGAGUCGAUACAUCCUUCCCUCGACCAUCAACCGACUCAGCGCGCACAAGGCCUUUCAGCCAAUCUCGCCGACUCCACCCGCCCCUUCUUCAUCCUCCUCAGUCCAGCAUCAAACCCUAGCAGCAGCCCGCGCAGCGACUCAAGCCCUCAUGGCCGCUGCCGCCGCAGCAGCGACUCCACCCUCAAGACCGCACGUUGACAUUCUCCUCCUUCCCUCCUGGCCCUCCGGCGUUUCCCUAUUCUCCAAGACCUUUCCGCCUGCAGGCCUCACCGAGGAAGCCCGUUCAUGGGGUCUACCCUGCUUGGCUGAGCUCACAAGAAGAAGUUGCCCACGCUACGUCUUUACGCCUGCGCCGAUGGAGGCUGGGGAGGAGAGCGAUGGCGUCUUUUGGGAGAGAGAACCCUACACCACUUCGAUGACCCCCGCAGCACCGCAAGCGCGAUCUGCGGGCACCGGAGCGAACAGCGCCAUGCCGCGUGCAGUUACUGCUGCAACCGAUUCGCGGACUACCCGAUUCAUCUCUCUUGCGAAAGCAGCCAAUGCGAGCAAGGUGCGCUGGUUUGUCGCGCUCAAUCUCGCCUUUGCCGGGUCAGCGGGAGCCGCAGCUCCGCCGCCGAAGGGAUCGACGAUGAGUCCCUUUGGGCCGCCGCCCAUGGCGACCGUAAACGGUGGCAAGCGCAAAGCAGACGACGAUGAUACGGAUCAAGGGCUGGACAGCGCCGUCAAUUUCAGGUGGCAGCAACGCGGUGGAGCCAAGAAGCAACGUGGCGAGGCCCAUCAACAACGCAGCGACGAUGCACCCCCACCCUCAGGGUACAUCUGUCGAAUCUGCGGCUCAGCAGAUCACUACAUUCGUCUCUGCCCGCACUCAGUGCAAUCCUCCUCCUCCCGCAGCGGCGCCACCAGCAAUGGCCUUCCCUCCAAACCCGAAGGGGCAGAAGCGGCUCUCGAGCCACUUCGCCGCAGACGAGAGCCGGUCACGAUGGUUGGCCCCGCAGACUGCUGGUUCUGCUUGUCGAACCCACAGUGUGCUAAGCACCUUGUCGUCUCCAUCGCCGAAGAUCUGUACGUGGCCUUGCCCAAGGGACAACUACCCCCUCCUGGACCAAAAAGAGUACCGGGUGGUGGACAUGUGCUACUGGUGCCGAUAGCGCAUGUGGCUACACUUGCCGGCCCGGCGGAGAAUAUGCGCAAGCUCAGGGAUGAGGUAGAGAGUCAUCUCGCUAGCUUGGAGGGAAUGUAUGCGCAUCACGGCUUUGGGCUGGCGUGCUGGUCUGUGGUUAAACUGAGCAACACCAGGGCGGGUCAUUUGCAGGUGCAGUGUGUUCCUGUACCCGCGGCGAUACAGGGAGGGGAGGAUCUGUUGAGCUUUGUCCAGAAAGCUGCCGAGGAGAGAGGGUACGAUCUCAAAGAGGUGCAGCCGGACACCACCCCGCUACCAGUCAAGCCCGGCCAGGAGAAAGCAAAGCGUCGCCUUGCGGCACAUGCCACGGGCGAGGAAGAGUAUUUUGAGAUGCACAUCUCCCUUCCUCCCCCUACUUCCUCCUCUUCCUCCGCACCUCAGAGCGCCACCUUCCUCAUGGAUCUCUCCCCCUCUGCACCGGGCGCUAGCGGUGGCCGAGGCCCGCGCUUCGACUAUCAAUUUGCACGCACCACCCUAGCCCAAUACCUGGGCGUGCCGGAGCGUGCUGAUUGGCGGGCUUGCACAGGUGGUGGAGAAGAGGAGGAGGCUGAGCAGACGAAGGAGGUUAGAAGGCUGUGGAGCGAAUGGGGACCGGAGGAGGAGGAGGAAGAUGAUGACGAUGAGGAGUGA